UUACUGAAGCCGGGAUUCCUCGGGGCAAAUCUUGCGAGGCGGCCAAUUAUAGCCAGCUCUCGUCUGGUGCUGCUGCCGAGCCGAGCCAUUUUAGGUGUUACUUGAGACGAAAUUCGCCUAAACUAGCAUAGUAGCGUCGCUUACGCAAGCCCAGGACUGAUCAACGUAUUGUCUGGCGCUGUCGCUUGCCGGCUUCUCCGCGUGCCCGUCGUGCGAAUCGAUUCGAAAUUCGACCGUUGCGCGGCGCACGCCGGAGCCCACGCAGGCGCCGGGAAAUUCGCCGAUAUAAGGCUGCGCGGCAUCGUUGACGAUUAAACUUUUAAGCGCAGGCGAUAAGGUUACCAGUAGGCACGAGCAUGGGCUCCCAACCGCUACGCCCCCCGAUGACCACGACAUUGCCGUGCUCGGCGCGCAUGCGACUCACGAGAAUAGUCAACUUCCAGCUUCUUAUUUCCAAGGGGCUGUGCUCCGAGCCUCUGCUGCUCCUCCUCUUGGUGACGUCGGCGCUGUGCGUUAUGGGCCCGCGCUGCCACGUGGACGCCUCCUCUAAUGCCACGUCGCCCGAGCCCACAAAGCCGGUUUCGCGAUGCGAUCUGAAUGCCGGCCGCUGGGUGCGUAACCCCUGGGUGAAGCGUUACACGGGUUACAGCUGCCAGAGCAUUCGCUCGCAGCUCAACUGCGACAGGAAAGGUCGCCAGGACUCGGAGUACCUCAACUACGAGUGGCGCAGUCCCGGGUGCAACAUCAAGAGGUUCAACACGGCCGCUUUCCUCAGCAAAGUUCGCAACAGGGUCUUCAUGACGGCUGGUGACUCGUACGCCACCAACCUCUACCACGCCUUGAGAUGCCUCAUCGAGACCACCACGCCAGUGCAGGACUACAGCACGAGCUCGGCCUUUGGAACGGGCGUCAAGGCGUCCGGGUUCACUGUACCGUCACACAGCUUCACCUUCCUCCGCCAGUCCACCAACUUCCUUGUCGACUCCGAACCUCAGGGUACAGCCUCCAGCAAGGGUGUGUGGACGGUAUAUCUGGGGAGGGCGGAUCCCAAGUGGGCGAAACUGCUCCCUCACGUCAACUAUGUGCUCUUCGCCACAGGGCACUGGUUCACCAAUGCUGCUUCCAGCAACCGAGACUACCGCGGCUAUAACGGCUCACCGAUCUCCGUGAAUUCAAUCACAGCCAUGCGAGCGGCGAUCCGGACCGUCCGUCGCACGAUCCAAGCCAUUGGCUUUCGAGGCAUGCCCAUGGCGCUCACCUACACUGCCACGCACUACGGAAAGUCCUUUCCUCCAGAAGACCCCAUGAGUGACUGCAGCACUGCUCAGGCGCCUGUGGGAGAUAAGGUGGCGGAGUAUGCCGCCAAAAACACCUUUUUUAUGCAGGCUCGCAAUGGCCUCGUUCGGGAGUUACGCAAUCCAAGGUUCAAGAUUAUCGACAUCACAAGGGCUACUUUGUACCGGCCAGAUGCGCACUUGCAGAAGUAUGGAGAGGAAUCCAUGGAUUGCUCUCAUUGGUGUGUUCCUGGCGUGCCUGACUCGUGGGCUGACAUAGUUUACUCCUACGUGUCCGGUUCAAUCACAUGACAAAAAUGGUGUUUAAAAAAUGUAGCAGCUAAGUCAUACCUCAUGACCCUUUACUGCUCCAAUAUACGAGGCCAUGCACGAUUUCCUCAUAAUGUUCAUGGUGCUAUUCAGUGGUCAGAUACUUACAGCAAAUGUGGCAUCGUUACAUUUAGAAUAUCGACAAUGGUUCAUACAUUGACUUAUAGACGACCUUCUGAUAU